AUACAAAACAGUUUUUAACACGCUAUGUUGUAAUAUUUCUAAAAUUGCAGACCUAUUUCAACUGUUUCUAUAGCCGUCGUUCCCCGGCCAUUAAUAUUAAUGAAAAAUUUCCACCCUCAACUCCCAGAGAGUUUAAUUUAAUGGCGGUGCAACAUUUGAAAAUAAAAGAAAAAGUUAGGGCAAUAGUCGAAACUUUGUCCAAACAAUUAAGAAAAACUGCGCCAGAUGCAAUAGAAACACCUAAGGAAACUCCUGAUGAUUUAUUUAUGUUGCCCCCUGACCCCUUCAACAAACUAUUACCUGAAAUACAACGUAUCGAUUUAGUAUUGGACGCCAAUAAAUUCUAUCAUACGGUUAAAGAUUUUGCUCUAACCUAUAGAGUUAUACCGACACAUCAAGAUGAAGAGGCACUCUUUUGGCCCAUACAGAACAACUACACACCAUUAGAAAUAUUUGAACGUUCUGCCUUUGAUGUCAAUCUAACAUUUGGCAAUUAUGGCAAAGACGACAGUGAUAAGAAGCAGGAAAAUGGUUCUCAUGACAUGGAAGAACAAGAAUUACAAAAUAUUUAAUUAAUGUUAGAGAUUAUCGGCAAACAAGAUCUGCUUUUUUUAGAAUUUUGCAUAUUUUCUUGCCUUACGAACUGUUUGGAAUUAUAAAAAAUGUUUUUGUUGUUAUAUGUUUUUUCUAUUAAAUUUAAUAAAACAAUUUCAAAUCCUAUUGUUUAGUACGUGA